AUGGUGAAGACCAACAUUGAACAACAACCUGCGGCGGAACGAAGUGAUUCGGUUUACCGAGGAGUGAGGAAGAGGAAAUGGGGAAAAUAUGUGUCGGAAAUCAGACUACCGAACAGCCGUCAGAGGAUAUGGUUAGGUUCUUAUGACUCUGCUGAGAAGGCGGCGCGUGCAUUCGACGCGGCUAUGUUUUGCUUACGUGGCAGUGGUGCACGGUUUAAUUUUCCGGGUAAUAUUCCUGAGAUAGCUGGAGGAAGGUCUAUGACUCCUUCUCAGAUUCAGGCUGCUGCAGCCCGUUUUGCGAAUUCUUACAUUCAUGAUACGGAUCCGGGUCAACCCGAUAAUAAUUUGGUGGAGUCUCCUUCUGAGGGAACUGCAUUGUUGUUGCCUAUGGAAUCGGAAUCACUGUCUCCGGCGGUUUCGGAAUCGACGUUUCAGAUGGAUUGUGAUUCGAAGCAAAAUGGGUUGUUUUCGGAUUUGUUUGCUGUGAACGGGUCGGGUAAUAGUGAACCCGAUUACUCAAAUUUUCCGAGUUUUGAUGAUUUUGGAGGGGAUUUUUAUGUUCCGGAGCUUCCUAAUUAUGAUUAUGGAGAAGAGAAUUUGGAUGGAUUAAUAAUUAACGAUACUUUUUUAUGGAAUUUCUAA